CCCGUUAUCAGCUGAUGGGACAGCUGAUGGUGAUGACGUCACUCGUGUAAACGCCAGGAGUCCAUUACUAGCUCGACAGUCUGAGACCUAACGAUUAUCAAUUUCUUCAAAGAAUGGCAUUUGUUAAAAGCGGGUGGCUUCAUCGCCAGAGCACCAUCUUGCGUCGCUGGAAGAAAAACUGGUUUGACCUUUGGUCAGAUGGCCGUCUAAUUUUCUAUGAUGACCAGCAACGGCGUGACAUGGAGGAUGAGAUCCAUAUGAGGGUCGACUGCAUUAACAUUCGCAAUGCCAAUGCCUGUCGAGAUCUGACGCCUCCUGAGGGAAAAGGCAGGGAAGCCCUUCUUCAGAUUGUGUGUCGUGAUGGACGCGUUAUUAGCCUCUGUGCAGACAGUGCAGAUGAUGCCGUGGCCUGGACUGUGGCCCUUCAGGAUGCCAGAAUCAACACAGUGGUUGCACCCCCUCAGUUUGGUUUUACCCAGGAUAUUAUUGCCUCGGCUCCUCCUUCUUAUGCAGAAUUAAACCCGACUCCUCAGAUAUACUACCCGGACCAGUAUGGCCCUAAUGCUGUGUACUCUGCAGGUGGGAACCAGUACGCAUUUGUCUCCCCCAAUUAUAACCAAGGAGUGUCCCCCGCACAUGAAGUUAACCAUGUGAUCAUUGAGGAGCGCCAGCGUGAUGAUGCAGGAGGUAUCGCUUUAGGCAUGCUCACCGGUGCUGCAACUGGAUUGGCUAUCGGUUCCCUAUUUUCUGUAUUUUAAUAUGCCUUGUUAUGUCCCUCUGAAUCCCAACAGGGGAUGGACUAGUCUUUUGCUACUACUUUUAUCUUUGCUGCAACCCCAUGCUAUAUGUAAUACUUAGAUCUAAUGGACAUGAACUGUCUAACAGAUCACAAGCGUGUCCCCAACACAGCUUCCCCAACAUAUUAGACUGUAUGAACCAAAGCCUCAUGGUAGCAUUUAUAGCUUGGUGUUGGAGAGUCUGUUUCACCUGUACAUUGUGAAAUAAAAUGAAGUGGUUGUGAACUGAGAUAGUAUUGAAUAGGCGUUAGGGUGGUUGCAAUGAAAACUGGGGUCAUCUGCUUAGAUUGCUUUGUAGACUAAACACAGCGAAAUGAAGUAUGACUGGUGAUUCCUUUUUAUUAUGGUGUGUUAAAAUGAUUGCCAUUGUAUUAAUUUUUCUCUCCCUAAGUCCGAUGGAUAUUUUUUAAACCUUGGUACAUAAUUGAAGAGUAACAGUAGGUUUACCAUGCAUAAUCAUUUGAUGAUUUGUGAACUUAAGAAUUGGUUAGUAUGUGGAAACCUGUAAUAUGAAUGGUGCAAUAUAUUUGGAUCUUGAUUUCGGCACAGGUCAGUGAUGGCCUUAUUUGGGAUGCUUUAAGACAUGCAGAUACUUCCAUUGUGGCCUUACAAGGAGACCUAGAAAUCGUAACAAGUAGACAUGAUUUUUUGAAUUUUUAACAAGUUAACCAGUUGUAAUAGUGAAUUAAAAAUUCAUAGACUGGACAUGACAUGUUGAGUAUAUUGUGUUGAACUAGGUUGGGGGAAAUGCAGUCUAUAUACUCAGUUAUCUGUUACUGCAAACAUUUAACUCAUUAAUUUCCUGUUUAUCAGAUAAUCACUUGCCUCCAAAUCAAGUGAUCAAUAAGAUGCAUUACACAUGAUGAUAACAUUUAAAUGAUAACAUUUAAGAUGCAUUUUAUUUUCCUUUCCUUAUGAACUUAUAAACACUGCCACCACAGUCAGAAGUACACCCAUUGAUGACCCACACCAUAAAUCAGAUAUGGACAUGAAUAUCUGCUCUGUUUGAGCAGCAGUGAUGCUUAAUGUAUAUUAGAAUAUCAGAGAAGCACUCCAGGUUUUGCGCUGGUGUGAGAGCGUUUUCUUCUUCUGGCUCUAGCUUUACUCUCCAGUGUGACGUUCACUGUACUCUACACUUCUGUAGUGUUCAUUCUGAAGAACUUGAACAGCCAUUAAUAAUAAUACUAGAAUUUAUUGUUUGUCCUUUUUUUGGAAAAUAAUUUUUUAAACAGCUUCUUUCCAGUUUGAGUGUUAUUUAUUUGGUUUGAAUUUGUGAAAAAUGUCUUUAAUGCCUUGUUGUAAUUUUUGUUUCUACAUUAUAUGCUUUUCUUAUUGUUUUGUGAAGAAAUAUGAAUGAAGCAGCAUGUAUUAACCCACUUAACACAAAAUGAGUGAAAAGCAUGCCCUUUAAUUAACAUCCAAUGAAAUUGGCCUCCAAAAUAAUGGUAGGAGAACCUCGCAGUGUACAUAGGGCAUUGGAAUUUCACAUUUUCUUCUGGUCAGUUUUCCAUUAGAUACAGUAAACUGUAGCAUCAAUAAUGGUCUAUGUUAGACCAUAUUAGUAAUUGACUACAUUUUAUGUCUUUACUUGAACAUUAUACUUUUUGUUUACAUGAGCAUCUGUAUGUUUAAUUGGGUUUAAACUUAGGUCAUUAUGUUGAAGAAAAUGCCCUUCAAAAUUUGAUCACAUUUUGAUUGUUACAGAUAUUGAACCAGUGCCCAAAACAUGUUGAUCUAUAAACUAUUUUUUUGAAGAUACUUUGUUUUUAUUUGUAUGUAACUUUUACUCUCUUACUCUUGGUCCAAUAUACUUGCACAUACUCUAUUUGUUGCUAAACCAAUUUGCUUUUCUAUGUUAAACUAUUGUGAAUUUAAUUAAAGCAAGU